UGUGAGAGCUGUGAUUGGUCACAGCUUGUCACAUGGUACAAGGCUGUUGUGAUUAGCCUUGUACCAUGUGAUCUCUGUGAUCAUUCACAGAUUUCACACGUAGUAAGCAAUGAAGCCAGAAGUCACAUCUUGCUUACUACUAUUCAUGUGAUCAUUAAUUGGCCAAUCAAGGUCCCAUACGGUGCUCCCAGGGAGCUUGCACAGUCCAAAAUGGCGGGUGCCGUUUAUGAAAGGCAACCCGUUCCUGCACUGCUCCCGUCCGGCUGUUUAUAUACAUGGGCCGGACGGGAA